AUGAGUAGAAAAUUGUCCAGCGAGAUAAGGAAGAACAAGCCUUAUAAGCUGCAACACAUCCCAAAGGUUCAGGUCCUGGCAGAGGUAAAUGGAAGGACAAAAAUGAUCAUGCUACUGAUUCAAGAGGGAAAUGGAAAAGCCAUGACAACAACUACUCAAAUGGCUAUAAAUCGAAGUCUGCAAACAAGUCGAAAGUUGAAUGUUUUCGAUGUCACAGGCACUCACCAAAACUUGUGGUAUAUAGAUACUGGUUGCAGCAAUCAUAUGUGUGGGGACAAGUCAGCAUUCUCAGACUUGGAUGAAACAUUUUGCAACUCUGUAACUUUUGGCGACAACUCCAAAGUUUCUGUCAUGGGCAAAGGAAGUGUACGAAUUCACUCUAAAGAAAAAUCUAAUCAGAUUAUUUCUAAUGUCUUUUUUGUUCCAGAUUUAAAAACCAAUUUGCUUAGUGUUGGUCAGGUUCAAGAGAAAGGAUACGAGAUUUUUAUUAAAGAUGGAGUUUGUCGCAUCUAA